GCCCUGUCCUUAAAUGUUGAGUGAACAUUUUUGAGCUGUAGAUGGUAAAUCAUGUAAAGAAAGACAAAAUGAUGAAUAAAAUGUAAAAUAAAUUAUAAAUUUUUCACCUGAUUUUUUCAAUUCAAUGCAUUUUUCACCCUAUUUUUCUAUUACAUUGAUGUUUAUGAGCUCCACUUGCGCCAUUUUCACCUGACAUAUUUUGCUUACCUGAAGGAUAUAAUAUGGCAAAACUGGCUCAUCUGACUCCACUCUUUCCUAUAUAUGCGCUGUAAAAACGAAUAAGAGGGCCCAAUGUAGAAUAGUUAAGUAACAAGUUUCACAUUUUUUGAGUUACAGUGUCUGUAUAAAAAUUAUUCACCCCCUUGGAUGUUUUACCCUUUAAUUGAUUUUAUAAAUCAGUCAUGGCCAAUAUUAUUUGGUGUUUAGUCAAAAAAGCCCUUUGAUGUCAGAUUAAUGUUAACUAAACAAAAUUAUGUAUGUGCAGUAAAAUAAGUGACUGGAUAAAUAUUCACCCCCUUCAAGUCAGUAUUUAGUAGAGUACCUUUGGCUGCAAUCACAGCACUGAGUCUGUGUGGAUAGGUCUCAGUCAAGCUAGCACGACUGGACACUGCUUCAUUCUCCUGUGGAAAACUGCUCAAGCUCUGUCAGGCUGCAUGGAAAUUGUGCAUAAACGGCCCUUUUUAAGUCCAGCCACAAAUUCUCUAUUGGAUUGAGAUCUGGGCUUUGACCCGGCCACUCUAGAACAUUCUCCUUGUUGUCUUUGAACCAUUUCUAUGUAGCUUUCACUGUAUGCUACAGGUUAUCAUUUUGCUGGAAAAUAAAAAUUCUUCCAAACCAUAGUUGUCUUGCAGACUACAUAAGAUUGUCAUCCAAGAUUUUCCUCUAUUUCGCUGCAUUCAUUUGACCUUCUACCUUUUCAGGCUUUCCAGAGUGGGCUUCUGAGAAGCAUCCCCACUACAUGAUGCUGCCACAUAUUAUUAAAGUGAUUGACUUAUAAAAUCAAUAAAAGGGUAAAACAUCCAAGGGGGUUAAUACUUUUUAUAGGCACUGUAAUCCUUUGAGCACACACUCUAGAUAACUCAGCCGAACUGUGAAACCACACACAAGAUCUCACAGAAUCUCACAUGAUGAAACUUGACUUCAAAAGAAAAACAAACAUGGAAGACUAUUGAAAUCCUCGGCUGGCUGUCCUGACGUGUUUUGCAGCAAAAAUCAGAAGACAAGACAAUCAGAAGACUGGUACUGCGACCUGGCCUGCUCGCUCUCAUUGGUUGUUGUGGGUAAUUCAUUGGAGGCAUUAAAACAUAACCUCAUGAAUAUCAGGUGUGUAUGAUAUUAAUGUUUAUGGGUCUCUUGGCCCAAUUUGGGACAGUUAAAUAAUCAUGUUGGCAUGACACACAAAAGGAGUAUUCAGACAAAUUGUUUGUGAUGAACCUCCACUCUGGAUACCCUCCAGUGAUCAUCAGAGGAGGUAAAUCUGGAUUUAACAUAGAGUAGUGUGUGACUAGCCUUUGGAGAGGUUUUUCUUUGUUUGUUUCAAUGACAAAAAUAUUUUCUUAGAUUUUGGAGGCCACAUACAAUACUUUAAUAUAGACCAAGCAAUCCUAAACUGGAGAACUUCAUGCAAUGACACUGCAUGUGCAUAUGCUAGCUGUAAUCACAGCAGAUCAUAGAACAGCUGUAUAGAUCAAGUGUUGACCCUUUUGAUCAGUCCAUUGUCCUAAUGUUUGAGUCUGGUACGGGACAGUGACCAGUGCCAGGGUAAGACUGGUCCAUCUUUAGUUCAAAUAUGUGCAUUAAAUUGGUAAAAAUGCACAUACUUUUGUAAAAUAGGUCAAAGCAGAACAUUGUAAGUCUUUAAAGUGGACAUACAAUGGGGAAUCAUUCCUGUGAUUGAUUGGCUAUCUGUCCAGGGUUUGAUUGUCCUCUGGUUAAAAGACAGCUGGGAUCAGCUCCAGCCUCCAUGACCCAUGACAUUGUGAAAGUAAGCAACCUUAAAUUUUGCAUCACUUGUUUAGUUUUCAUGAAUACGUUGGAGAUGAUUUAUACUUCCACUGAGAACUGAUUAACUGCUCAGGCAGUUGUUCAUUACAUGACACAUAAGUGGUGAAUAUAAAAGCAUCUGACAACAGAGCACAUGGGCUUAAAAGGUGAAUUUGGUCCAGACAGAGGCUUUGGAUAUGCUGAAUAAAAUAUGUGCAGAAAAAGAGAAGCAUGUGGAGGUGGAGGAGAGAGGACACUGGGAAAAGAAGGUGGAGUUCCUCCUGGCAGUGGCGGGUAACGUCGUCGGUCUGGGUAACGUCUGGAGAUUUCCUUACCUGUGCUACAAAAAUGGAGGAGGAGCGUUCCUGGUGCCGUAUCUUGUGUUUGUGGUGACGUGUGGCGUACCUCUGUUUCUGCUGGAGACCACCAUGGGUCAGUACACCCAGGAGGGAAGCAUCACCUGCUGGAGGAAACUCUGUCCACUGGCAGAAGGUAUCGGCUAUGGAGGCCUGCUGAUCCUCCUCUAUGGCUGUAUGACCUACUCCAUUAUUCUGUCCUGGGCUUUGCUCUUUCUGGUGUUCUCCUUCAGCUCAACGCUCCCCUGGGCCAGCUGCAACAACUACUGGAACACAGAUGACUGUGUCGACUUCUCAGCUCAUAAUAGCUCUGCUGAAUGGACCAACCACACAAAUGCAACCUCUGCUGCUACAGAGUUCUGGGAAAGACGAGUGCUCGCCAUUUCAGGAGGGAUUGAGGAGAUGGGAAGCAUCAGGUGGGAGAUACUGCUGUGCCUGAUUGUCAUGUGGAUCAUUUGUUACUUCUGUAUCUGGAAAGGAGUCAAGUCUACUGGAAAGGUGGUGUAUUUCACUGCUACAUUCCCCUAUGUGAUGCUGCUCAUCCUUCUGAUCCGUGGACUCUCUCUUCCUGGGGCUCUACAGGGGGUCUUAUUUUAUCUCAUGCCUGAACCCUCGCGGCUUGCAGACCCUCAGGUGUGGAUGGAGGCGGGGGCUCAGAUUUUCUUCUCAUAUAGCUUGGGUGUGGGCUGCAUUACUGUUCUGGGCAGCUACAACUCCUACACCAACAACUGCUAUAAGGACUGUCUCUGGCUGUCUUUGCUGAACAGUGGCACGAGCAUGGUUGCAGGGUUUGCUGUCUUCUCUGUGCUGGGAUUCAUGGCCCAUGAGCAGGGGGUUCCAAUAAGUCAGGUGGCCGAGUCAGGUCCGGGGUUGGCAUUCGUCGCGUACCCUCAGGCUGUAGCCCUGAUGCCUCUGCCCCAGCUGUGGUCCGUCUGUUUCUUUGUCAUGCUCAUUCUCCUGGGUGUGGACACAAUAUUCAUUUCCAUAGAGGUGGUGAUAACGUCGAUCAUAGACAUGUUUCCCACCAUCCUGAGAAGAGCGGGCAGACGAGAGCUGUUACUUCUCUCCUUCUGUCUCCUCUGUUUCUGCUCUCAGCUUGUCAUGAUUACUGAGGCAGGGAUGUAUGUGUUUCAGAUGUUUGACUACUAUGCUGUAAACGGAGCCUGCAUCUUUUUUCUCUGUGUGUUUGAAAGCCUGGCACUGGGAUGGAUAUUUGCCAUAAUCUGAAAUUCCAACCCAACCCUGCCCAAGAAUGUACACAUUCACUUCCAGCCCGGCCAGUCCCAUGACAG